AUGGGGGAUCGAGCUUGGGCAAAGUUUCAAGCCCAAAUGAAGCAGAAACGAGUGCAGAAAAAGACAAAAGCCGAUACAGGAUUGGGUGGUGGAGUAAUACUUCAACGUGAGGAACUUACAGUACAGCGACUCAGUUCCGAAGUCUCUGGUAAGGCGCAAAAGUUUAGCAGGAUUGGAGUCAGGGAAUUUGUGCCAUUUGCUGACUACGAGGACAUAACAUUACCAAACAUCAAACUUGCUUGUGAGAAGCACUUCUUACCAACAGUUGGCAAAAGCGUCACGUGUGAUGUUCUGGCGGGAGAGCAAGGGCCAUCCUGUUCAACGCUUGAACAAAUUCCUGACCUAAAACUGAUCCACAUUCGGUUCAUUCAGCGACACGAACAAGACCACGAAAGCAACAUAUUUAUCAAUCCUGAUGGACCGCCCAAGAGAAAAAGGAGACCAGCUUCGAGUGUUCCCAUUGCUUCCACCUCUGUCGAAAGCGACAGCACAUGGCCACCCAAGCAGAUCAAGGUUUUUCCGAAGAGCCUUUCAGUAUCGGAGAUGCUAAAGCUUGGAAAGGUUGUUGCGAAAAAAGCCACCACUUUGAUCGAGGUGAGGUCCUUUGAAUUGGACCCACUCGGAUGGUCCUUAACUCCAGCUACUAUAGAGUUUAAUAUAGAGAAGGAUGCUUUUGCAAAGGGCGGAUUCAGAGAAGCAUAUAGGUAGGUGCGACUGAUUUAAAAAAAAAACAUUGUGGCGAUGAUGGUAUUUGUUUGUUUAUGUACCGAGCCAUCACCCGCCUCGGGCAAACUCUAUGUCUACGAUGAAUUUCGGGUAUUUGAGCUUUUAAUUAGAUUCUUACUUUCUUAAGGGGUAAAGGUGGUUUUUGCGCUGAUCACAAUGGGUGUGACCCCUUACAUAGUUAUGGAAACAAUACCCCACCCCCUACAUAUUGCACAGUCAAGUGGUAAUCACGUUUUUUAAUAUGAUGAUAAAAAAUAAUGUCAAAAAUUGUAAGAGAUUUUGUACAUUCACAUUUCAUGAAAAUACAGUUCCUUUUUAUUUUCUAUCUUCCAGCUUUUCCAAAUAAUGCUUGGGUGGUAAAUUUUCAUCGUGUCUACCUGCCUCUCCCACCCAGGGCACUUUUAAUUGGAAAGCUGUCAAAAAUAUUUGUGGGGCCUUGAAAAUGUGAAAUUCAAAGGUGAAUUAGACCAGAUAAAAGAGUUUGGGUCAAAUUUUCUUACAGGGCAACAAGUCAUAAUGAAGCAUUUGCUGGCAAAACAUGGGUUGUGAAAAGAUACUUACCAGAGGCACUAAAAGCAAUACAAGACACAGGUCAGACAGCUGAAGUACAUACGAAGAAGGUUGUUCAAAUGCAUAUGCUUGCAAAGAAUUUUGCCGAUCAGUUGGCUCAGAAAAUAAAGAAAGAUGAUCUUUUAGAGUUUGGCCAAGCACUGCAGUAUGGAAAGGUUUACUUUGGGAGAGAUCUGGAUAAGGGCGACUAUGUCACUGUUGAGGAGUACAUUGAGGGGAACUUUUUUAAAUACAUAAACAACACUGGCAAGGUGUGUGACAAAAGUACAUUGUCAGAAAAAGCUCAGUGCCUUGCUCACUUUAGUUAUGAGAAAUCAAACCAUAAGUUAAUGGUCCUUGAUAUCCAGGGCACAGGCCACAAGCUGUAUGAUCCUGAAAUAGCCUCCUCAGAAUUGGUUGAAAAUGAUGAAUUCCUGUUUUCGACAGGUAACCUUUCUCAAACAGCUAUAGAUUGUUUUGUUAGCUGUCAUCAUUGCAAUAUUUACUGUAAAAGCUUACAUUUGCAAGAACUAAUUAAGCAGUAG